CCCCUGCAUUUCCUCCCUCCUGCAGCUGUGAUCACUGCUGUGGCCUUAGUCCUGGUCUGCCUCCUCCUCGUCAUGCUUCGCUACCUGUACCGGCACAAGGGCACAUACCACACCAAUGAGGCCAAGGGCACAGAGUUUGCUGAGAGCGCAGAUGCAGCCCUGCAGAGCGACCCCGCCCUCCAAGAUGCCAAUGACAACAGCAGGAAAGAGUACUUUAUCUGAAGGACAUCAGACCUCAUCUCCCUGAAUGUCUCCUCCAACUUCAGGAGAACAAAUGCAUCUACCACUUACCACCAUCACUGUUCCACAGGGCACCUGGCUCUUCCCAGGAUUCAUACCUAUGAACAUGUGGUGGCUCCCCAGGGAGGAAAGGGGGAGGACGCAGGCUGAGAGAGACCUCUCCCAGGGACGCAGGGACAUAGCAGCCACCCUAGUAGGCCAGCUUUUGCUGUGGCAGGAAGAGAGCAAAUCUGGACACACAGGUCUCCCUGGGAAAUUCAGGAUGUCAUCUUAUCAAUGUGAAAGUCCUUCAGGGUGUGAGUGUGGUAGAUGGGCCUGGGAGCUGGGGACCCAAAGAAGUGAGACAUCAAUACACUGACUGGAGAUAAUGGCAUCAAAUGUCAGUCCUUGACAUUUGGGUUGGGGGGAACAGCAGGUGCCAGAGCUAAAAGGCACCUUUGUCUCCCAUUGAUCCAGCUCAAAACAAUUGGAAAUAAAUUUGAAAUGUAAUCAAGCA